UCGAACACUUCAUAUUUCGGUGUUUCUCAAAAUUUUUGGUUGCGUUGCUAAGUAAAUGUACGAAAGGUCUCGAAUGUGCGUAUAACCCGGAAGCGACAAAACAGAAAGUAGAGCACGUUUUUAGUUUUAGGUGCUUAGUUAAGGCAUAUGUGCUUUAUAUUUCUUAUCGUUACGAACUGUUAGUUACUGAGACACGUAUCCACUAUUUCAUAAAAGAAACAAGUUGAUUGUAUGAAAAUGAACACGUGUCAUUGUAGUCGUUAAUCUUAUCUGACAAUAUUGACAAGUUGGGGUUGAAAAUCAGGACAGAAACUUUGAAAGUUGGAUACUAGCCAAAGUUUACUAAGGUUUACACAGGCAUAGAAUCUCAGCUUCCAUACUUGACUGAGUGAGGUGAACUUCUGGAUAUGUGUUCCAAAAAUGGCUCGGUGGGUCGGAAAGGUGAUGGUGGGAAGGAAAAAGAGGAAAAAGUUGAAGGGGAGAACCGAAUUCUGAUCAUUCUUUUUGUGUCCCUCGUCAUAGACUUGCUGGCUUUCACCGUCAUUCUUCCAAUCUUACCCUCCUUGCUCGACUUUUAUGGAAGUAAAAAAGAGGAUGGGCUGUACCAGUCGUUGAUGAAUUCAGUGAAAGGAUUUCGGGAAUUAGUCGGUGCUCCGGACACUCCUAGAUGGAAUUCUGUUUUAUUUGGAGGUUUGAUUGGAUCCCUAUUUUCCUUGCUGCAGUUUCUAGCCUCCCCUGUAGUAGGAGCAGCAUCAGAUGUGUAUGGACGCCGUCCUCUUCUUAUCAUCUCCAUGAUUGGUGUUGCUAUAUCUUAUGCUAUCUGGGCCGUGUCACACAACUUUGGUUUAUUUGUAAUCGCCCGGAUAGUCGGGGGCCUCAGUAAGGGAAAUAUAAGUCUCUCAACCGCAGUUGUAGCCGACAUUCUUCCUCAGCAGAGGCGUGGCAAGGGAAUGGCUAUGAUUGGUGUAGCAUUUUCCAUUGGUUUUGUGUUCGGACCUCUGAUUGGUGCAGGAUUCUCAGUAUGGGCACGUCAACAGGACGGGGCAUUUUACACUCCUCCUGCUCUCUUCGCACUUGUAUUAGCAGUCACAGAUGUUUUAUUCGUAUUUUUGUUUUUCAAAGAAACAUUGGCAAUUGAUAAACGGGCCAAGUCUAUAGCGAGUGGAUGGCAAAACACAUCUCACCUCAUAAAUCCUGUGUCAUUGUUUAAAUUCUCACCUGUCACCAAGUUAUCAAAGUCAGAUUCUCAGGCAGUACAGAAGAUUGGAGUGGUAUAUUUUAUUUACCUGUUUCUGUACUCAGGUUUAGAAUUUACACUUACAUUCCUAACUCACAAUCGACUGCAGUACGAUAGUAUGCAGCAAGGGAAAAUGUUUUUCUUUAUCGGAACUGUGAUGGCUUUAGUACAAGGUGGUUAUGUACGGAGAAUUAAGUCAGGAAAACAGCUGAAAAUUGCUACACUUGGAAUGUCGCUACUGAUGCCAGCCUUUGUGAUAAUGGCAUUCGCCCAUUCUGUGGCAAUGAUGUAUCUGGCUCUCAUGCUGUUUGCCUUUGCCUCGGCCACCGUAGUACCCUGUUUGACUACCCUGAUCUCUGAGUAUGGAGGUAGUGACCAGAAAGGCGUUGUUCUGGGAGUGUUUAGAUCCCUAGGGGCUCUGGCUCGGGCUCUUGGACCGGUCGUCUCCUCUGUAGUAUACUGGAGCUGUGGUGACCAAGUAUGUUACCUGAUUGGAGGGGUCCUGUUGGUGGUUCCCUACCUUUUGCUUCGGAAGCUGAAGACGCACCAGGCCUAAGGUCUGACCGGGAACUUCAGGGCUAGCUAGAGCUGGCCAUUCUCAUGCUAAUUUUCAGACAGAAUUAAUGUUUGCAGUUUUUUCAUGGAUAUUGAAAUUUCUAAAGGGGAAUGACUUUCUGUGAGAAAAUAUCAUUUCUAAAAUCACAAAAGAAUAUUCUUUUCCCAAGAAACAUUGAAUACAGUUAUCAUUUCUAAAAUCACAAAAGAAUAUUCUUUUCCUAAGAAGCAUUGAAUACAGUUACUUUUAAACUUAAGUUAUUACUGACUAGUUCAGUGUACAGUGAUAUGUAGUUGUAAUGAAUUCGGCCAGAGUUUGUUUGUUUGGUAGGUUUAUCGCUCUGUGAACAGCCAGGGUCAUUUUGAGGCGAGGUAUCAUUGUAGUAGUUGUUGAAUACCUCACCGAAUAAUAUAUGGGAGGCCGGUUGCAUGGCAUCCAGAGCAAUUAGGGUCUUGCCUAAUGACAAAGCCAUGACAGCACAGGCCAGCCCAUAUCUCAGCUUCAUGAGAAACACAAAUCGACUGUGGUAGGGAGCGUCGAACCAUGGACCUCGGAUCACACAAACGACUGUGGUAGGGAGCGUCGAACCAUGGACCUCGGAUCACACAAACGACUGUGGUAGGGAGCGUCGAACCACGGAUCUCGGAUCAUCACCUGAGAUUACAUGUCUGGCAUUGAAACCAAUUGAGCUGUUACGGCCCCACGGAGUACUUAAAUAUGCAAAUUUCUCUAUACAGUAACUUCAACGAAUUUAGUAUAACAUCGAUCUAAAUAAUGAUGUACCAGGUACAAGAAAUGUAGUUGCUUUGUAGUUUAAAGCCUCUCUAUGUUUUCAUGACAUAUAAAUUAUGACAAAAUUACAAAAAUAUGUUUAAUGAUAGAACAUUUACACUAAUGAUGAUAUAAUGUGAGGAUCAAUACCGUAGUUCUUCAUAAUUGCAAUUAACCUGGGAAACUACCCACUGAUUACAGGGAAUGUCUAAUGUAGUGCUCCACUCUCUAUUCAAGGAUUGAAUGUUUCCUUGGUCGAUUUCAUGGGGUGAUGAAUUGAUUUGCUCUAAAGACAAAUUUAAUGAGCUGCUAAAGAGCAGAGUAGGCAGGGUAUGAAUAUUCGUUCUACAGAUCGGGCAGAAGCAGGCGGGCGGCUUGUGCACUAUUUUUUUUUCCAUACGCGUAGAAUGAUGUUAAUCUGGUCAAAUUCAUUGACAAAUGAAACCGAUUAAAUUUGGUAGUUUCAUCGAGUCUAACUUGAGUAGAAAUUGAAAUAUAUGUAAAUGAGCCGCGGAAAAUGCGUCAUGCACAAAUGCGAAAAACUAGUUUGUUUUGAAAACAGCAGACUGGCGAUCAAAGUCACAUAUCAGAAGCCAAAAGUCAACUAGACCUACUGGUUGGUGCCGCAAAGGCAAAGAGCAGAAUUGGUUAAAAUUGCAUCAUUUAUGACUUACAGAGUCAGUGUGGGUCUGCUGGACAAAAAUGAAAGAGAGGUUAAAUGCGAAUAGCCACCAUGAACUAGCUGUGAAACUUCUUGGUAUUUGAUAAACAAACCCAUGCUUUUUCUGUUUAUCAUCCGGAUGUAACUCAGUGCGUGCAGGGUUGGUUCAAGUUCUAUUUUUAGAUGUUUAUUAUAUACAUUACCUAUGAAUUGUUGAUGUAACUGAGCAGAUUUGACAGAAAUUAGAUAAAUUAGAUGAAGAUCAAUCCAUAAGAGAUUAUGAAGUUAACUUGUUAAAGUUUUAUAUUUAUCAACAAAAACAUAGAGAGGCUUUAAUUUUGUGUCGAACAUUCUGUUCUUGAGAAGAUUUAACAGGGAAUGUAAAUACAAAUGUACAUUUUGAGGACACAGCGAUAAAUACUAAAUACAAUCAUCGAAAUAAGUUUUUUUUCUGUGCUUAGGAGAUGAAAUCUCUUGAAAGCUUGAUAUAUCAUAGACUGAUAUUGCAAUAUACAUUUAUGUAUUUGAAUAUGCUAAUUAGGUUAAAUUUCAUUUAAAAUUAUGCUAAAUUAUUCAUAGGAUUUGUGAUGCAAUCCUCUGUAAAACUAAAGGGACCAUUAUCAAGUUAAAACUAAAUACCCUUCCAAACUCAUGAAUGAUUCAUUAAAAUACCUUUAUAAGUUUAGAUAUUUGCGAAGUAGUGACAUUGAAUUAAUCUAUAUGCCGUAAAAUUAUCUGAAUAUUAAAUAUGUAAAUGAUUCUACUUUAUGUGAAUUCUCAAUAUUACAGUACAGUAUAUACCUUUUUAAAUAUAUGCCUUAACAGUACAAAAAUACCUCCCCCUCCCGAAACCAUUAAAAAGACCACUGAAGCUAAUUAUACCAGUUUAAGUAGAUAUCUAAUUACCAUUAUACUUAAAUUUGCAUAUGUAUGAGCUGGAAUUAAAAAAUUGGACGAAUCCUCGCCAGAAUUUAAAUAAUACUCUCAGAUAUUUUUAUAUCAAGAUAUCAUUAAUAGUAGAUUUAAUUAUAGUAUAAGCCAAUGAGCUGGUAGGCUUAGGGCAUAAAAGAAUAGAUAAUUUUUGUACAUUUUUAUUUUGUUAAGAAGUGGACAAUUCUGCUGUCAAA